AUGGACAGGCUGCGGCGGAUGCUGAGGCGGAGGUCGGCCAGGGUGGUCAGCGUGGGAGCAGAGAGCAGCAGGGGGCCUGGGCAGGAGGAUUUGGGUCCCGCCUGCCAUGAUGAUGAGGGGCCCAUCAAGGCAAGGAGGUGGCUGUGCCCCAUCUGCUGCCGAAGAAAACUGGCAGCUCCCGACACAAAAUGGGCAGCUCCUGGCACCAGGAGAAAGCAAGAAAGGAAACCCACCACUUCCAGGACCAAAUGGAGGUGGCCCUGGGUACACCUGGGCAAGCAGGAGCCGGCAGCAGAAGAGCGCCAGGCAGAAGAGCUGCGCAGCUCCCCUCCCAUGUCAUCGGGGAGCCUUGAGCCCGACCCUGCAGGCCCACAGUGGGAGGCAGCCCCCUCCACAGCCCGGGACGAGGGCCCGUCCUCCCUGGGCCGUGAGCUGAGCGAGUCGUGCAGCAGCUCCAGACUGAGCUGCGGCUCCUCCUGGGGCCAACACAGCUCCCCGGAGUCGCGAAACACCAGCCCGAGCCCCAGCUCCUCCUCGGGGGACUCCAAUAGCUCCCAGGAGUCCCAAAACACCAGCUCCAGCAGCAGCUCCUCCUCGGAGGACACUCACAGCUCCCCGGAGUCCGGGACCAUCCCAGCCCCCAGCCGCACAGUGAUUCCCAGACCGGCCACUGAGGAGGAUGACAAUGAUGAGGAGGAAGAUGAAGAUGGGAGUCCACCUCAGGAAACUGCCCUCCUCCUUGUGACGAAACACCUCCAGGAACCAGGGAAGUCGCUGGACGGGAAGGAUGGGCAGCGCUUCCUGCUAGCAAUCCUCACCCUGAGCACAAUUGCGGAGCAGAGCACAGAGGUGGCCAUGGCGGUGGAAGGCCUGAAAGUGUCCGUGGUAGAGAAGAUCGUGGAGCUGAUGGAAAACAUCCAUGUGGAGGCCGACCGAAGAAACAUCCUCACGUACAGCAUUGACGCCAUCCGUAGCCUCAGCGAACUGAAGUUGAGCCUGGAGCCAGGCCUGGAGUCACGCCUCCUGUGGGCUGCGAUUGAGAAGAGCUUCCUGGCCAUAGGGCAUGAGAGCCAUCGCAACCAGGUCAUGCAGAGGCUGUACGUCGAGUACUUGCAGGGCCUGCUGUGCCACUUCUUGUUCAGCGCCCCCAGCCUGGGCAAAUUAUACUCCAUUUGGGAGCACUUAACAUUUUGGAUCGAGGCACCGGAUGCCCUGUACCGAGAGCUGGGCAUGAAGAUCGUAACCGGGGGGAUUGCCUUUGCUGUCCAGCUCCUCCCACACUUUGAGGGCUCCCCAGAGUUGCCUGAGGUGGGGGACAUGGCAGCCUGCCUGGGUCUCUUCAUCAACAACCCAGUGGAGAGCAUCAGCUGCUACGCCAGGGGGAGCAUGUAUUGGCUGGCACAAAUCCUCCUACAUCAGAGGGGCCAAGACAUGCGAGGGGCAGAGGAGCUGCGGUGCAAGCGCCAGGUGGAGCAGAGCCAGGUCCAGAACUACAGGGACCUGGCGAGAGUCGGAGAGCUGGAAACCACCUUGACCCUGAGAACAUCUCCCUGAGCGAACACGACCUCCAACACCUCACGGGGAGCCUGGCGGCUACUGAGAAAAUCUGCAACAGUGCCGAAGCCACCACAGAAA